AUGGAGGCAAAGCCCAACUUCCAAGGCCAACUGGGACAACAGCACGGGCAAGGCCAACCGGGCCAUCCGAACCCAUCGAUGUCCAACUCUGGACCCACAGGCGCCUCGCCAGCCCCAGGCCUCCUCCCCGCCCUUUCCCCCGAGAUGUCCAACCACCCGUACCCGCAAAUGCAGCAGAUCCGAGCCCCGCCUGGUGGGAUGCACGGCGGCCCUCCCCCACCCCAGCAGCAGCAACAACAACCUGGCAGGCGCGGGUCGCGCACGCACACGCCGCAAAGCUCGCAGCAUAAUGUGUUUCAGGCAGUCAUGGGCCCACGACCCGGCGAGGUGCCCCAGGGCGAGAUUGGUGGACCUGGUAACGUCAAAGUGUACGCGUCGGCGUACUCGCAGAUCCCGGUCUACGAGGCCAUGAUCCGCAACAUUAGCGUCAUGCGGCGCAUGGCGGACAGUUGGGUCAACGCGACGCAGAUCCUCAAGGUCGCGGGCAUCUCUAAGAGUGUGCGCACCAAGAUGCUCGAGAAGCAAGUGCAGUCGCAGCAGCACGAGAAGGUACAGGGUGGAUACGGCAAAUACCAGGGGACAUGGAUCCCGCUCGACCGCGGGCGCGCGCUCGCUGAGCAGGUCGGCGUGUUACAGUAUCUAGCGCCAAUCUUCGACUUUGUGCCGUCGCCGAGUGGCCCGCCGGCGCUGCCGAUGCGUGGCAACACCCCCAACAAAGCGGCCGCCGGCAGGCACCCUGGCAUGAUGCCGCCCGGUUCGACCAGCUCGGGCGGCCGCAUGAUGUCGCCUUUCCAGCACACUGGCAACGUCCCCCUUCCUCCUCAGUUUGCUCAGCAACACAUGGGACCAGGGGGACCUGAGUUGAUGGGCCCUGGCGGUCCGCAGAUGCUCUACCCGCCUCCGCAAGGCCAGCACAUGCAGCAAGGCCCGAUGUUCUUCCACCCAGGCCAACAGCCGCCGCCACACCCCGGCAUGCAGCCCCUCCACCACCAGCAUCCCGGCCACCCAGGACCACCGCAUCCCCACCACCCAAUGCACCAGAUGGGCUUUGAUCAGGGUCCUCCGCAGCCGCAGCAGCAGCAGAUGCGUCUCGAGGGUCCCAUCGAGAUGCAGCAGCGGCAACAGCCACCGCAACAGCAACAACAACAGCAGCAACAACAGCAACAGGGGCCGCUUCCGCCGCAGUUGCAGACACCAGCGAUCAUCAACGGACACGGCGGGCCAGGUCCAAUGCAGGGCCUGCCACCACCCCCAUCAACUGACGUGUACGUCGACCAGUUCGGCCAGCCGCAACCGAUUAGUGGCGCUCCGCGACCAGCUGUUGGCGGUGAGCAAGGGGAAAACGGAGAACCACCUGUCAAGCGCCAACGAACCGGUGACGCUGCUCCUUCGACAGGGAAGGAGGAGGCUACGUCAAACGACGACGACGAUGACGACGACGAGAUGCGUGACAAGCCACCUCUGCCUCCCAACUUGCGCCUUAGCACAAAGCCGUUCAAGCCACGCCUCAGCGCCGAGUCGCACCGACGCAGACAGCAGUUGCUGUCGCUGUUCUCGAGCGGCAAGGUCGACGUGCGGCAGGUCUUCGAGAUGGCGCCAGACGCCACGCUGGACUGGGACAUUGACAUGGUGAUCGACGAACAGGGCCACACGGCGCUGCAUUGGGCGUGCGCGCUGGGACACAUGAACAUUAUUAAGCAGCUGGUCGAGCUUGGCGCCGAUAUCCACCGCGGUAACUAUGCAGGCGAGACCCCGCUUAUCCGGUCGGUGCUCACGACGAACCACGCCGACGCAGGCACUUUCGGCGAGCUUCUUUCGGAGCACCUCGGCGCAAGCGUGCGUACUCUCGACCACGCAUACUGCUCCGUCAUCCACCACAUUGCCUUUUCAUCCGGCCUCAAAGGCCGCCAGGCCCCAGCGAGGGGAUACAUGGCCGAGGUGUUGGGGUACGUCGCGCGCGAGCAGAGCAAGGACAAGGAGAAGCGGCUCAACGGCGGGUCGCCUGCCGAGGGUAUCAGCCUUAAGCUCCUCGUGGAUCUUCAGGACCUGCGCGGGGACACGGCGCUCAACGUUGCUGCGCGAAUGGGGUCCAAGCCGCUUGUGAAUCUACUGCUCGACGCUGGUGCGGACAAGAUCAAGACGAACAAGUUGGGCCUCAGACCCGUCGACUUUGGCGUUGAGGUCGACGCACUCACGGUUGCGACAAAGGAGGCGGUCGUAGGACAACUCAAGAGCGAGGUCAAGCGGCCGGAGAAACGGAGCCAGGACGUUCUGAAGAACAUUGCUGGCAUCUUCGAGGCCAUGAACAACACUUUCGGCAACGAGAUGGAGCAGCACGUGGUUGCGCUUUCUGAGGUGGAGAAGAACGUGCGCGUCGCGACUCGCUCCCUCGCCGAGAAACGGCAGCAGGUCGACGCGGCGCGGGAAAAGCUCGCGACGUUGGAGCAGCAGGCUGAACGCGCGGCCAACGCGAAACGCGCCCUCGACGCACCGGACGCCGACUGGACGGGACGCACGGUGCUCAAGGGCGAGACGGCGCCGCCGCCAGCGUUCGGGAUUGGGCUGCCGCUCCUCCCCGGCGCGGGCCCCAGAGCUGACGAGGAGGAGAAGAUCGAGGACCUCCCGCUCCCGGCCAAGGACAAGGAGGGUGCGCUCGUCGCGCUCCGUCGCAUCGCUGCGUGGGAGGAACGGGCAGCCAAGCUCCUCGAAGAACGAGCGGCCGAGUUGGAGGGCGAUGGUGCGGACCGCGCGAUCAAGUACCGAAAGGUCAUUGCUUUGUGUGCGAAGGUCUCGGUGGACCAGGUUGAUGAUAUGCUCGACGGCUUGACCACUGCAGUGGAGUCGGAUGGACGGGCUAUCGACCUCUCCCGCAUUUCGGGACUGGUUACAAGACUACGGCGUGCCCCUGUUUCGUAG